AUGUCAUCGCAAGUGUCCAAGGCUGCGCGCCGGGUCACCCAUGAGCUGCAUGGCGUUGUGGUUUCCGCAGGUUUGAUGCAGAAGACCGUCAAGGUCAGAGUCGCAGGGCAAAAGUGGAAUAAAAUUGUCAACAAGUUCUACGCCGACCCCAAGCAUUACCUCGUUCAUGAUCCAAAUUCUUCGCUCCGAACUGGCGAUGUCGUCGCAAUUGCACCAGGCUGGCCAACAUCGCGGCAUAAGCGGCACGUGGUGAAACAAAUCAUUGCUCCGUUUGGAGAACCGAUCGAAAGUAGACCUGUGGUCCCAUCAUUGAAUGAAAUCAUAGCGGAAAGGGAGACCAAGAAGAAUGCCAAGGAUGACCGAAAAUCCUUAAGAAGGCAAUCCGAACAUGAACAGCGCCUAUCCCAGAAAAAAGUUGCUGCAGAUGAGCGCGAAGUGAAGCGCACAGCAUGGGAACAGCUUAUGGUGAAGUUCGGUCCAUGA